AUGAACAACAGUGUGGACCAGGACAGCAAAACUGACAAAUGCUCUCUUCAAAUGGAAGAAAAUGGCAUACUGGACCAUCUACUACUCAAGCAAGAAGAUCCUUGGGAACCAAAUGCCACAGCAGUGGCCCAAUACAGGGCAGAAAUGAAGCGAUGCUGCAAUGCUUCCUUCUGGCUAGUCCUAACCAAAGAAAACAUAGCUCUGAGAAAUGUCAAAUGUAUAGAGGACCUAGACCAGCUCAAUCAGCUGCUGGGCCUGCUGCCAGAGCAUUCACCAUUCUUGGACACUCAGUACAGACAUUGUGCGGUGGUGGGCAAUAGUGGAAUUCUGCGAAACAGCCGCUGUGGGCCGGAAAUCGACCAGGCGGAUCUAAUCAUCAGGUUCAACCUCUCUCCUAUGAAUUUCUCUGAAGAUGUGGGAACUAAGACAGGCCUGAUAACCAUCAAUCCCAGCAUCCUGCAAACUAGAUUCAAAAACUUGCAGACUCGACGGAAGCUUUUUGUAGAUGCUCUUCACCCAUACGGGAAGGCUGUGUUCCUCAUUCCAGCCUUCACCCAUUUGAGCCACACUGAUGUUGUCUUCCGUGCUUUACACACCAUGGAGAAGUUUAGCUUGUUGCAGCAAGCCUUCAUCUUGAACCCACACUACCUGGCUUACCUGAGUAAAUACUGGGAGGAAGGAAAAUUGCUGUCACUGCGUUUGUCGUCUGGUUUCGUGUUUGUCAGUGUGGCUUUAGAGUUCUGCCAGCACAUCACCCUCUAUGGUUUUUGGCCUUUCCCAUAUGACUUGGACAAGCGGUCCAUUCCUUUUCACUACUAUGAAAAAGCAUUACCCAUUCCUGGCGUGCACAGCAUGCCCUGUGAAUUUUCACAUUAUCUUAGCAUGCACAGUCAGGGCGUGCUGCGAUUACGGCUUGGCAAGUGUCAAUGA